UGCGCAGCUGCCAUUUUGUUGUGUAGAUCAUAGCAGUGGACACGGCACACGAUACUCUGUAAGUGAAUGAAAUCACUCUGUUAUAACGGAUCACACAUCAAACUCGAGGCACGAUGCUCUCGGCCGCCCAGUUACUCGAUGAGUUGAUGGGCCGGGACCGGAACCUGGCUCCGGAUGAGAAGCGCUGUAACGUGCGUUGGGAUCAUGAGACUGUCUGUAAAUACUACCUGUGCGGCUUCUGCCCCGCUGAACUGUUCACAAACACCCGAUCAGAUUUGGGUCCUUGUGAGAAAAUCCAUGAUGAAAACUUGAGGAAAGUAUAUGAGAAGAGCUCCCGCUUUAUGAAGGAAGGAUAUGAGCGAGACUUCCUGCGGUACCUGCAGAGUCUGCUAGCCGAGGUGGAGCGCAGGAUUCGGAGGGGUCACGCUCGCUUGGCACUGUCACAAGCGCAGCAGAACUCUGGAGCACCGGGUCCAACGGGGAAGAACGAGGAGAAGGCUCAGGUCCUUACAGAGAAGAUUGAAGAGCUUGUAGUUCAAAUUGAGGAGUUGGGCUCAGAGGGGCGUGUCGAGGAGGCGCAGGGUAUGAUGAAGCUGGUGGAGCAACUGAAGGAAGAGAGAGAGCAGCUCAGUUCCACUCCUUCAACGAUUGAGAGCUUUGCGGCUCAGGAGAAGCAGAUGGAGGUGUGUGAAGUGUGUGGUGCUUUCCUCAUAGUGGGUGACGCUCAGUCCAGAGUGGACGAUCAUCUAAUGGGCAAACAGCAUAUGGGAUAUGCCAAAAUCAAAGCCACUGUAGAAGAACUGAAGGAAAAACUGCAUCGGCGCUCUGAGGACCCAGAGAAGGACGAGCGAGGGAAGAAAGAGAGGGAGGACCGAGAGCGUGAAAGAGAGGAGCGUGAGAAGAAACGCAAAGAGGAGGAGGAGAGGGAGAAAGAGCGGGAAAAAGAGCGGGAGCGAGAGCGUGAGAGAGAGAAGGAACGCGAGCGAGAGAGGGAUCGGGACAGAGAGAGAGAGCGGGAACGAGACAGACGCGGGAGGCGAAGCCACUCCAACAGUAGACACUCCAGCCGAACGUCAGACCGCCGCAGGAGCCGCUCACGAGACCGGAAGAGGUCCAGGAGUAAGGACCGGGACAGGAAACGCAGCAGGAGCCGUGACCGAGAGAGGAGGCGCAGCCGGGAACGGUCGGACAGGAAGCGGCGCUCUCGGAGCAGGGAGAGGAGGAGGUCCCGCAGCUCUGAGCGCAAGAGCCACCGGCACCGCAGCCACAGCAGAGACCGAGACAGAGACAAGGACAGAGGGGACAAAGACAAGGGCAAAUCCUCUAAGGACAAAGAGCACAAGGACUCUUCAAAUGAGAAGAGGAGCAGCAGAAAGGGCUCUGUUGACAAGUCCAAAGAGCUUUCCAAACCAGAGCUCAUGGAGGCGGAGCCUCCCAAAAGGGAAGUGAAUGGCAACGACGAAGAGCUUCAUUCUGAAGGUGACACACAGUCCAAUUAAAACUGAUCUGAUAGGACCUCAGAUCAGAGCCAGGUAAGUGCAACCGUCCCCCCCGGCCCUGGGUCUCUCCCCCUCUCCCCUUCCCCCCUUUUUCUUUCAGUUCUGUCUGUGAUAUUUCUUCCUGUUUUUAAUAGUGCAUCGUAAGUAUGCACUGAAGAUGGAGACUAGGCCGAAACGGAAGUAGAAUGAAUGAAACCCAGAGGGAAAAGCCAGUGUAGCCCUGAAAAACAUGCUUUGAGGUACCUCGUUUUGUAUCGGUCAUCUGUCUUUUUAGACAAGUUCUCUUCCAAAUUUACGUGUUUUUCCUAACUCUGCUUUUACUACCUAGACCUGUUUAGUCAAUGCUCGCAGUAAAAAUAAACUAGUAUCUAACUUUUGUUUACUCCUCUAUUACACUUCUACAGAAUGAUUGUGUGCUUGUGUAUGUGUGUUCAUGCAUAAGCACAUGGCAUUGUACCAUCUGCUGUCUAUAAGGUGUUCAUAAGAAGUCCAACAAGUGCAUUGAACUGCAAUAAAUACUGAUUCUGUUGGAGUUACAUGGAUAUGUUGCACUUUAAUACCGUCUGUUCUUGAAGUUGAGAUCCGAUAGCAUUGGGAUGAUGGAAGUGUAGGGUUAAUGAAUUAUUGCAGCUGACUUCCACAACUCACACAGCGUUGGUGUUGUGAACGACCCCCCCAUGAAAAGCCCAUUUAAAAAUCAAGGAUACUGUCAAUCUGUGCAGGUACUCACCCAAGGUACUCCUUUCACUACCCACAUCCAUUUGAAUGCUGUUGCCUGUGAACGUGUCUGAGCGCUUGAUGUUUGUUUACCCUAUCUCUUUUUUCCCUAGUUUGAAAUAUCCUCAGUUUUGCUUUCUGUUGGUUUCAAGUGCCAAUGGCUUACUCUGCACCUUAAACAGGUGGAUUUAAUGUGUUAGAUUUACCAAUGUUGAUAUCACAGAGAAACCAGUCAAAGCAGAUUAACCUCAAAACCGUUCUUUCUCAUUUGUGUCACUUAUUUUUGUUUUGUCUGUUCAGUAAGCAGAGAUAAGUGUGAAUAUGGGCUGGGCAAUACUGCUAAAAUGGUUCUCAAUAUUUUGUUAGCCCUUAAUGACGUGCGAUUACCUCCUAUUUAUGUAUUUGACCUGAAAUGCAUUGAAAUAAUUCAGAGGAAGCAUUUUGACUAAACAGCUAGUGUCAGAUGUAAUGUAAUUACAAAAUAAUUAGUUACUGUCAUCGAAUUACUUUUUAGUCAAAGGUAGUGUAACAUAAAAUGUUUAAUUCUUGCAAUCAGAUUAGGCCUAAAGACAAUACUAGGGCUACACAUACUUCUAAAAUAAUAUUAUUUAUGCAGAAUACUUUUAAACAUUUCAAAUGUGAAUUAUGUUCACAUGUAUUGUGGUAAGGGAAAAAUGUGCCAAGUGUAUGAUUUGUGUGCAAGAGGAAACAUAUACAAUGUUUUGAAUUUGUGUGAAAAAGUACAGUAAUUAGUAAUGUGAUUACUUUUUCAAUUAUGAAAUAAGUAAUCUGAUUACGAUUUUUUUAUUGAAGAAAUUUGUAGUGGAUUACUUUGAGUAACUUACCCAACGCUGUUGCAAAGUAGAAUAAAAAUUUAUAAUGCAAAUAAAUUCAGAAAAUCUGUCAAAUGUAUUUAAUUAAGAAUGGUAAUAAAUUAUUAAAUAUGUAUUUUAUAUGCACUAAUAUAAUACUAAAAUUGCAAUAUUAUUUACAUAUGUUUACUGAUCAUACGAUAAUUUGGGAAAUUUUUUGCAUUAUGACAAUAAAUUUCGAAUUGAUGAAUUGAAACGGACCGUUUGAAUAGAUUCUCUUAAAAGAAUCGAACUUGUAAAUUCUAACGGCAUGUUUGCUACUGAGCUUCAAAGUCGCUAGACAGAAUGAUUGACACAUUGGCAUGUUUUGAAGUGUAAUGACGAAUAAAAAGUGCUUUAAAAUCAUUUCACAAUUCAUGAUGUUGCUUAAUUUAGUUAAAUAUUAGUUUUAUUGCCAGUGAAAAUCAUUGCAUAUAUCAUGAAUAUCUGCUAUUGCCCAGCCCUAGUCCAAGGCCACAUCCGCACUAAUCUGUUUUCGUUUAAUUUUCUGUUUUCAAUUUUCGAACGUCAUCUUUUUUUAAAGUAUACAGUAUGCAGGAGGGCGUUUUCGAAAUGCUCGCUCUGAUUUCGGUGAAUGAAAACGCAACUAGUGUGGAAGUGUAAAUGUAGUGAAAUUAGUGCGUUUUCAAACUAAAACAAAUCAGUGCGGACGUUACUUGUUUAAAUGCAGGUGUCUUUUUGAAGUAAAGUAUUGUUAUUAUUUAUUAUUCAUUCUCUCGUUCUUUAAAUUCCCUACCUGUGUUGUCCUUAUGAUAGUGGUGCAUGCUUUCAGAACAAGACCAGCCACCUAGAAAGUCAAAGUCAGACCGUAUAGAUGAGGGGAUAUCAAUUCUUUAAAGAAACACUACAAGGUUUAUUUGUCUGCUUUCCUUCAAUGAUUUUUACUUGUCACUGAGCAGUCAACUAUCGCUGCUGCUAUGCUAAAUUCAAAUGAAACAUUUUUAAUUUGUAGAUCAAAAUAUUUAAAGGUUUAAUGAUUGUUAAUUGGACGAAAGACAUUUUUUUCUUAACAAAUGUGGUUUGAUCAUUUAAGUGUUUGAUAUAAGGAGCCUUUUAUUUGACUGAAAUAAUAUUGAAAUGUUACUUGGAUCUGCUGCAAAUGUCUGGUUUCACACACUAAUCGAAUGUUUUCUGACCAUUUGUGUACGUCAGGCGGAGUUUGGACAGCUGCAAGAGGAAGACUUUGAAGACCUCCAUUCUACAACACAACUCCGCUGCUUUAAAACAAGGUGAACCACAGACGUAGUGGCCUAUUAUGAUAAAAAUGAUAAAGAAAUGUAAAAUGGUUCUGUAACCCUUUCUCAGCAUUUCCAAAGGACCUUUAGUGUUCUUUUUAAUAUGUUUGUUUUGUUUUCUUUGGUGUUAUUGCUAUGAAAUGGACAUGCAGCCGUGAUUUCAUUUAGUAUGCAUUCAGAAUGAAUAAACUACUUGUGGCAUGUUUGCUCUGUACAGUCCACACUCACAUCUGAGCUAUUGAAGAUCGGUUUUGUUCAGUAUUUUGACUGGAAGCAUUAAAGGUCUCUCAACUGCUUGCGUAUUAUUUCCCCUCUGUACGCUAAAUCCCAAAUCGUUAUUACAUUUUAGUUCAAACAAAUGAAUUUUCAUUUUGUCCCACUUUUAAAUCCUGUAUUUGUCUUAAAUUAAAAAAAGAAAAAUGAAAACUGUU